AAGGUCACGUGGCAAGGUGAAGCUCCACCCCCUCCUCCCCCUGUUACCACCGAUUCAACCGUCUCGAGCUCCUGCUCCGGUCAGUUACUACAAAAUGGCUGCAGAGGCUUCGCCGCUGACGAGCCCUUGCUAAACGCUUCAUGCUGUGAAUAGAAGCAACACACGAGAAGAGAACCAUUUGAUGGAAGAUACGAAAAAGAAAAAGCCAGAAGAAAAGAAAAAGAAAGAAGCCGCUCAGAAAAAGGCAACAGAAGAGAUAACCAAAGUGCCAGAUUCUGCCAAGCUCAACCCCACUCCUCCUCUUCCCCCUAUCAGCCACAGUGCCGCCCCGUCUGUAGCCCCAAGCAGUGGCAAUGGCAAGCGUGCUCCCUCCGGAGGUCAGCAGCAGACAACGCAGCAGCCCCAGACUCUGCUUCAGCAGCGCUACCCAUCCAGAGAGGUGCCCCCUCGCUUCCGCCAGCAGGAGCACAAGCAGCUGUUGAAGAGAGGUCAGGCUCUGCCUUCUGGAAGUCUGCUUCUCACCACCACAGGACGUCCCUACACUACUGAACCUGCUACGGCUGUAGCCAUACACUCCUGCUCCUCUAUCUCCACAGCCAGCCUUCCUACAGGUAUUUACCUCUCUGCAAAACAGCACCUACGAAUUUUAUGUUUGGACUGUGCAGGUCAGUUGACUGGCCACAAUGUUAAACUAAAGCUGUAGGGGUCGCACAUGUUUUUUGACACAGGCAUGUAUGAGGUACUUGAAUAUAGUCAACAAUCAACUGUGUAUGUAAGACAUUAGUUAAUGUACCUCAUACAAACCCUUCAAAAGGUCUGAACUAUCAGUUUAAGCUUCAAGUCCUUAUCAGGUUUUUCAAGUGCCAGUUUAAAUAUGGUAUUUGUACAAACAAGUACAUUUUUUCCACAGCAGUGUUGACACAGAGAAAUGCAGAGAUGUUUUCUCGUUUGUGAACAUAAGAAAAAUUAGUGGUACUUCAUACUCCCAAGACCCAAGGCCAGGUCCACACUGGAUGCAUAUGCUGAUCUGCUGAAUCUGGUGCAUUUGUCUUUUGACAUAGGGUUUGCCUUUGAAAAUCAUCAUCUGUACUCAACUAAAUACCAGGACUGUUCAGUAUGAAGUUGUGCACAAUAGGUCCUGCCAAUAUUUCACAAUGAAACUGAAAUAAGACUUCAGAAAACUGGACAGUGUUGUGUUUUUACUGAUGUUUAAACUUUGGUGAAAAAUAAUUUCUCACUGGCUUAGUUUGUUGUAAGAAGCCCCUCAAUUCAUUUGGUCCAAUUUUAGUUUUUUUUUAUGCACAAUCACAAUCAUCUGAAGUGCUGUCAGUAUUCACUUUUCAAUUUUGAAAUUGACUUAUUUAUUUGCACCAUUUAACACAUAAUAUUGCUCUGAAUCUGAACCCAGAGUUUAAAUGUAUUUCUUUUUUAAUUGUCAGUUGCGGUGAAUGACAACUGUUUUGGGACCUUGAGAUUCAGAGUUACUGACCUAAUGAUGAAUAAUGAUUAAAAACAUUUGCAAAUGUUUUUUUUUAAGGGCAUUAUCUCAUUUCAAGAGCUACGUCUACUCAGUUUUUUUUAGUUCUCUACCUGUUGCAGGUGCUGCUGUUAAGUUCCAUUCUGCCUCUGUCUGGCUGUGGAUUAAAAAUGGGAAUAGAUUUGUUAAAGGGUAGUGUGUGGAGAAUAAAUCCAGGCUUGAUA